AUGCUAAAGGCAUUUCUGCUGCUUUCGUUUUACACUUCACUUGCCGUUGGUGGUCUUCUGCAGUCGAGUAGAUUGCUACAGCGGCCUUCCUCCUCAAACUCAUGUAAAUAUAAUAACGAUUCAGCAGUAUAUGAAUAUUUGUUCAGUUUAAUAGGCUUGGAACAGCAACGCAACUCUACUUCUAAGUUCCUAGAUGAAGAUUCCCUUGGGAUACCGAGAAACUUUUUAUCAUUCUUCUCAAACAAAUUCUUUUCAUCGAAUUCCAGUGAUGGAAGCGAGAGGAAACUGGAAAGAAGGAUAGCUGAAUGCACAUUGACCAAUGAAGAUAAGGACGGUGUCACUGUUCGGACUCUCUACCUUCCCCUGAAGGACGCGGAAGAGUACGCUAAAAGGAUAGAAAAUGCAAAGGAAGGAACUCAGAUAAGGAGGUUUUCCAAUAAAACGGACGAUGAAUCUGAAGCAGAUGCCAACAUAAAGGUCGACUUCAAAUGCAAAACAAUUACGAUAGACGAUGAUACUAAAAAGUGUUCAACAUGUGUAUAUUCUGAAGUAAUGGUCCCAAGGAGACACAUGAGAUUCGGUCACUUUGGACCCGCAACGAUCCUCGAGUGUAUAAACGGUUACGAUAACAACCUAGGAUCAUCUGAAAGACCAUACUUUGUUCAAGAAGUCCAAAACUACCACCCAAUAUGUCUAGCAUAA